AUGGGGAAGCAGCCGGUGAAGUUGAAGGCGGUGGUUUACGCUCUUUCGCCGUUUCAGCAGAAAAUAAUGACCGGACUUUGGAAGGAUCUACCGGAGAAGAUUCACCACAAGGUGACGGAGAAUUGGAUCAGCACCACUGUCCUCGUCACUCCAGUCAUCGGAACCUACUGGUAUGCUCAGCACUUCAAGGAACAGGAGAAACUUGAGCACAGAUUCUGA